UGUGGAGGAAUAUUAAUACAGCCCACUUCACAUCUAUUUUUGUGCAACCAUCCAUCUCUCUCUAAAGCUCUCAUUUACAAUGGAAAGACAAAUCAACAUAGAGAAGAGUAGUAGUGUUUCUCAAGUAACCUUUGUCUCCUCCUCCUCCACCGUCUCAGCCACGGCCUCAUUGUCCUCUUCACCUACAACAUCAUCUUCUUCUUCAUCAUCAUCUAACUUCCCUCACCAUGAGGAAGACAACUCUACAAGAAAAGCAUCUCGAAGAUCAUUAGCCUCGGUUGAAGACGAUGAUCAUCAAACCGGAGGAAAGAAGCGAAAGAUCAACGGCGGAGAUAAGCAUCCGACGUAUAGAGGAGUACGGAUGAGGAGUUGGGGGAAAUGGGUGUCGGAGAUUAGAGAGCCGAGGAAGAAAUCAAGAAUCUGGCUCGGCACUUAUCCAACGGCUGAGAUGGCAGCUCGAGCUCACGACGUAGCCGCUUUAGCCAUUAAAGGUACAACGGCUUACCUCAAUUUUCCCGAGCUAUCCGGCGAGCUUCCUCGUCCAGUCACAAAUUCUCCUAAAGACAUUCAAGCCGCCGCCUCUCUAGCCGCCGUCAAUUGGCAAGAUCCGGUCAAUGAUGUGGAGGAAGUAGCUGAAUUAGCUGAAGCCGAGCCGAGUCGAGCCGCGACUGUGGUUUCUUCCGACACAAGCACCACCACGACGACGACGACGACACAUAGUCAAGAGUCUUCGGAAGCUUCUUGUGCUUCAACGACGUCUUCGUGUACGGACAAAUACAAUGACGAAGAGAAGCUUUUUGAUUUGCCGGAUUUGUUUACCGAUGAGAAUGAGAUGAUGAUACGAAAAGAUGCGUUUUGCUAUUACUCGUCCACGUGGCAACUCUGUGGAGCCGAUGCUGGGUUUCGGCUUGAAGAGCCGUUUUUUCUGUCUGAAUGACUAAAAUAAAUUACCCUUUUCGAGAGGCUCCAUCAUCGCUAACACUUUGAUUAGUUCACACCAUUUUCUUCUUCUUUCUCAAUUUCUCUAUUUUUAAGUUUGAUUUUUUUUCCCAGCUUGAUUGAUAUUGUUUUUUGUAAAGAAACGGGUUCGUUUUGAUUUUCUAGAAAAAAAAGUGUGUUUGUGUAAUAUAAAUGUGACGAGAGAGGAUGUUAAGAAGUUGCAGAUUAAUGUUACUAUAAUUUAGUCUACGAAAAAUGAAUCAAAGAACAAAAAUUGUAAUAAAACCCAAUUGUUUGUUUAA